AGCGAGACGACGCGACCGGGCCGACAUCUUGAACAUUCUCUGCUGUCGCAUUGUCGUUUGGAAUAAAUAAUUCGACAAGUGUAGUUAUUUUUGUGAAAUCUGUGAAAAUUCUUCGCGAAUUAACGUCCUAGAAGUCUCUGUCAACGACAAAGACCAUCGUCAAGAUUUCUGACAUCCCUGAACAACAAUAACCAUGAGUUAUGGUUAUAAUAAGUACAGCUCCAAUAUGAGUUCUCGAGGUCGUGGAUUUAGUUCCCGUGGAGGAAGUUCAUAUCGGGGUCGUGGGGGUGGAAGUGAUUGGAAGAAUAGUUCCAAUUCUGGCGGGCGAGGUAGUUACUCUUCUUCUCGAGGAGGUAGAUUCAACAAUUAUACCUCUAAUCAGAACUAUGAUUCACGCAACAAGUACAAUUCGGGAGGUGGAUCCGACAGAUACUCAAGUCGAGGAGGAGGAAGAGGUGAACACUCCAAUAGUUAUAAACGGCCACGUGAUUCCUACUCUGGCCGAGAUGAUCACAGAUCAUCCAGCGAAGGGAACCGCAAAAGAAUGAGAAACGAUUCUUACCAGGGUGGAGGUAGCGGCAGUUCCCAGAGGUAUUCAUCGUCUUAUGGGGGCUCUUCUGGGUCGGCACAGUAUGACGAUAAUAAGAGAUCGUCAGGAUCAGCAUACGAGGACAAAAGGCAGAAUGAUCGAAACUCUUCCUAUCACCGCUCUGAGGACCGGCAUUCUGCUUCAAGGAGCUAUGCAGCUCCGCCACCCCCUCGGAUAAGCGAAAUGGCGCCUCCGGCUCCAAGAUAUACUUCCAGUCGAGGAAGAAUAUCCCACCAGAACUCCAAUUAUCGGGGUCGCUCUUCGACUCGUGGCAGAGGGGGUGGAUUUCACCGUGGCUCUCGAUCGGAUGCCAUCUUGGCUCGCAAGCGUACUCUUGGCUCGCUUGACUAUCGACGCAAGCUGCUAGGUUCAAGAUCUCGAGACUACAUCCAGCGUGUGCGCAUGACCACAACAAAGAUGCGCAGGAGUACCGGUACUACUAGGCUCUCUGGUAGUAAAAAGGACUCUGCACCCAGCAUGAAGGACAAGGAUAGAAUGGCCAAGGCUAUUAAUGCUGAAUUUUCUGACGAAGACGACGAGGACAAUGACAACAAGAGUAACUGGGAUGAUGAUGAAAAGCCACAUGAUGAGGAUGAGGAUGAAGACGAGAACGAGGUGGAAAAUGAGGACAAGGAUAAGAAAAAGAAAGAGGAAAAGACCAAGCCUAAGGUGGAAAGGAAUACGGAAGACGAAGAGGAGAAGGAGGACGCUAUUAAGGAAGAAGAAGACGACCCUAAACCAGACGAGGACGACGAUGAGGAAGUGGAAGGAAAAGAGGAAGACGAAAAAGGAGAAAAUGUUAGAUCAGGUUCGGAUGAGCUACCAAGCAGAAGGGACGGUAGGCGCUUCAUAAAGUUGAUCUGUUCACAUUGCCUUCAUCGAAGUGUAACGUUUAAGGAGUAUUCUCUUCACUUGUACUCGGGCAAACACAAUGCUGCAAUGAGACGCGUUGCAGCGAAACACAAAGCGAUGCUGGCCCGAAUGCGUGUGGUUCAACGGCAAGAGCAACGACGCGUUGAGGCUCGAGAUGCUGCUCGUGGAACUCUACCUUCCAGGACCGUUUUCUGUCCCGUUUGCAAGCUUAAUUACAGGUCGCAUAAAGCAGUACAUAAUUUGUCCGAUUCCCAUCGACAAAUUAAGCGAUUCCUUACGCCAUUCUGUAGAGUUUGUCGUAUUCAGUUUAGAUCGCCGAUGCUCUAUGAAACCCACGUUUGUUCUUUGGAUCAUAUCAAGAGGAAGAGUCUUCAGGACGAGAAACGUGGCGGAAAACGCAGCAAUGGCGGCGAGGCGGAAUCAAGUGCUGCUGAAGAUGAGGACAAGGAAAUGAACCUCGAAAAUUUCAUGACUCUUGAUUCAGUGGGUGAUGUUGAUGUUGAAGAAGAGGAAGAGAGUGGAGAGAAAAAAAAGAAGGAGAAGCCAGAAGGCGAAGCGGAUGAAGCCGAGAAGAAACCCAAGACCAAGCAGAUGAUUAAAGUGGGAUCUGAGUACAUCAAGCGUGUUGAAGUUCAGUUUUGUGAACUUUGCAAAGUCUACUUGCCGCGUAGCGAGAACAACGAAAGGGCUGUUGCACUUCACUGUUCAACUCGCAGUCACCUUAAGCGAUACGUUCGUGAUAACGACGACAAAGCUUUACGUCGCCAAGCUGAGCGAAUUCACCUACAAACAUCUACAACGACUACGCCCAAUUCCUUGAACACUAGUGAAACAGCCAAAAGUACAACUAGCGAACAGCCAAAUUCUGGUAGCAUAGCUUCUGAAAAUGAAGUUUCUAAUACAACCAAUGACUGCGAAAAAGCAAGUGAAUCGAAGGAAAACGAAGAAGAGAAUGAUGAGGUGAGCAAAAACAAUAAAGACACCACAGUUGAUGAAGAGGAUGAUGAUGAGGAGUAUGGCGCUGAUAGUGGGGACAAGUUGUUUGAUGACGUGGACAAAGAUUUGGGCAACAUUUUAAGAGAAGCAGAAGCCGGCGCGAGAUCCAGCGAUGACGAGGACUCGCGUUACGAUCGCUUCCGUAACACCGGCAAGAAGGUGCAUGGCCAGGAAAAGAAUGGCGAUGGAGAAGAUGUUGAAGAAAAAGAAACGGUUGUGAAGAAGACAGAAACCAAGCCGAAAGCGGCGAGUCAAAAAACUAAUGAGUAGAAUGUUCAACGUACUUCUUUAUGAUCAUUUACAGUAAUCUUUACAUGAUUGUCGCUGCGUCUUUAUCAGUCUAUUAUAAUAAGCAUAAGGCAUUUCAAUAUAUAGGCCAAAUAGAAUACCAACUUUUAUCAUAGAACACAGAUCGUAGAAUUAAUUUCCGUAAGACGGUUUUCGUAAUAUCGAAUAAUAUUUCUCAGCCAAAUUCGGCGCUAUUUUCCUUUUGAUUUAAUGUUUCAACCAACUAUAAGAGGUUCCUGAAUUCAGAAUUUUAAUUCAGUUUUACCUUUUCUAACAUUUUUUAGUUGAUAAAGAAAAAUAAUAGAAGUUGAAAGUCUUAUUUCAUAUUCUUGGCAUAAAAACCAAAGUGUAGAGCUUGGUAGGUUUUAUCAAGUUUAAAAAGUUUACAGCAUUUAGGCGUGUUACCAAAUACGUGUGUGUAUGUGGUUAUGUUGUCCAGGAGUAUUUUUUUUUGUUUUUAUAGAAAUCAAGAAAUGGCAAUUUUCUCACUUGAAAGCAUACUAUUACUUCGGGGUAAUUCUUUUAUAACGAGUAAUAAAGAUACAUAUUGCUUGAACAAGUAGAA